GUCUGUCAUUAGUAGAUCAGUAUGGAGCUCAGUCCACUUCCUCUUGUGCUCUUGCUGAUUUCAAACAUCCAUUCUGGACACACUGAAGAAAUUCCCAAACCAACUCAGACUGUGAAGCCACAGAGUUCAGUGUUCACUGGAGACACAAUUACUCUGAACUGUGAGGUGGAUCAGUCAACAGAAUGGGAGUUUCUAUGGACAAAAGAUUCAGACUUUGAAUUAUUUGAAGCUUCAGGAACUAAAACAAUCAGUUCUGUGAAAGUCUCUGAUGGAGGACAGUAUAAGUGCAGAGCACGAAGAAGAGAAAACAUACAUGUUCUCACAGAUUACAGUGAACCAUUAACAGUGACAGUAGAGGAAAGACCAAAAGCCAAAGUGAUCGUACAGCCUCAUGAACGUGUGCUCGUUGGAGAGACAGUCACUCUCAGAUGUGACAUACAGGAGGGAGGAGACACGAGCUGGCAGUACAGCUGGUAUAAAGAUGAUUCAGUCAUUGAAUAUAAACUACAGGAAUACACAAUCAAUUCUGUUACUGAGUCUAACGCAGGUAAAUACAGAUGUAAUAGAAAAGAGAUUGGAGGAUCACGAUACUCACACAGCAGUGAUGAAGUUACACUAAGAGUAUUGGGAUUGAAGCCAAAACCUGAACUCAAAUCAAAUCCUGAAGGAGCUGCACUGACAGGAAACACAGUGACUCUGACCUGUCACAUGGAUCAGUCGACUGGAUGGCAGUUUUACUGGUACCAACACACACAGAAACAUCAGAAAAACACAACAGACAAAAACUCCUACACAGUGAACAUUGAUUCAGUGUCUGAUGGAGGUCAGUACUGGUGUAGAGCUGGAAGAGGAAAUCCAGUUUACUACACACACUACAGUGAUGCACUGUGGGUAAAUGUUACAGACCAACCUAAAACUAUUUUGACUGUAAAGCCUGAAAAUCAGCUGUUCAGUGGAGAAACUGUCACUCUCAGAUGUGACAUACAGGGUGGAGGAGACACUGAGUGGACAUACAGCUGGACUGUAGAGAAUACCAACUACAGGAAUAAAUACAUUGUCAGUGAAUACAAGAAGCAAGAGUAUAAAAUCAGCAGUGUUGAACACACACACAGUGGUAAAUACACCUGUAGAGGAAAGACAAGAGGCGGACAAAACUCAGAGAUCAGUGAUGCUGUUACACUGACUGUGUCAAAUAAAGCCCAAGCAGUGUUAAGUGUUUCUCCACAGAAGUGGCUGACAGAAGGAGACUCAGUGACUCUGAUCUGUGAGGUUUACGGCUCCUCUACAGGAUGGACUUUCAGCUGGUACAGAGAUGAUAAUGAGUUCAAUUAUAAACACCUGUCAGACAGCAGCAGAGGAGCUGGAGGAAACUACACUGUCAGUUCUGCUGCUGUAAAUCACACAGGAGUUUAUGCGUGCAGAGGAGAGAGAGGAGAACAAGUGUAUUACACAGAGGACAGCAACACACAGCCACUAUGGGUCACUGGUGUCUCUCCUUCAGUUUCUCUGAUCAUCAGUCCCAACAGAACUCAACAUUUCACAUCUGACUCUCUCACUCUGAGCUGUGAGGAUCAGAGUAACUCUACUGGAUGGACAGUGAGAAGAUACACAGACAUUGAAAACAUGGAAGAUUGUUCAUUAUUAUCAUUAUCAUCAUCAUCAUCAUCAUCAUACUGGGGAUCACAAACAGGAUCUACAUGUAGAAUCAGUUCCGUCUACACAUCACACACUGGAGUGUACUGGUGUUACUCUGAAUCUGGAGACAACAGUAAUGCUGUUAAUAUCACAGUACACAAUGGUGAUGUGAUUCUGGAGAGUCCUGUUCAUCCUGUGACUGAAGGAGAUUCUCUGACUCUACGCUGUUUAUAUCGAUAUAAAAACCCAUCAGUCCUCACAGCUGAUUUCUAUAAAGAUGGAUCCCUCCUCCAGAAGCAGACUACUGGAGAGAUGAUCAUCCCUACUGUCUCAAAGUCACAUGAAGGUUUCUACUACUGUAAACACACAGAGAGAGGAGAGUCACCCAAGAGCUGGAUCUCAGUCAGAGAAGUUCAGAUUUCUGUCCUUAACAUGUUGAGUUCUCUACUGGCAGCUUGUCCAUAUCUGCUAUUGACCGUCAUAAUGGUUUUUAAAUGCUGCAGAGUGAGAGGUAAAACAUCUGUCUCUUUCCCUCUGUGUAUCUUUUUCCCUACAAAUACAAAUACACAACACUAUAUUGUGGGGAGACUGGGGUUAGUUGUGUGGCCACCUAGUCUGGUAGAGCUGGGUACCUGCAUGAGCGGGACAUAGGGACAUGUAUUUAAAAGUAGGAAGUGUUUGUGGCUACUGACUUCCUGUUUGGGUCAUGACGCAAAUGCUAUCACAGUAGCAGCAGAGCGUGUGUGUGUGUGCGGUGUGCAUUAAGGUUUUGCCAUCUCAGGUAGGUUUUUUUAAUUUAUUUUUUUAUUUGAAUUUUCAGGUUUGUGAUUUACCUCAAAGACAUCUGCUGAAUAUCUAAUUGAUAUCAGAGAGGAAACAACUUAUAGACAUUGCAGAUGAGCAAACAACCUAAAAAAUAUCCAAAGAUUGUUUUUGUCUGUAUUUCAGAAGACCAAUGCCAGUAUGCAGUAAGAGAGGAAGAAUCUUCUAUCUGAAUCUGUUGUGACAAUAAGCUCUCUGAAUACGCUUAAGCCAGUCAAGCUGUGCAUUAAGCAGGAGCAUGUCAUCACACAAGUACUGCCCUUAUCUGGACCAAACCAUUUGUGCAUCCCUUUUGCCAUAGCACCAUGAGGACACCCCAUAGACACUUUAUUUUUCAAAUAUAAUAGCCUAAUUAUGUUCUGUUUUACUCAUUUACGGAGUUAUUUAAAAUAAAACCCCUGUCCGAGGUCUGAUGUCACUCCCACUUUGUUUAAAAAAGGUUUGUAAGGUUUUUCUUAAAUUACUGUUCUUACCAUAUUCUUUAAGAUUUCAGCAUUGAUAACAUAAGUAAAAGUAUUAAAUGUCUUUAUUAUGUUCUACUUUUGAAUGCUUCACUUGUUUGUAAUAUAAUGCAAAACCUAAAGAUUAGACAAAUUAGACACUCCCUAGAAGUGUCCAUCCAGCCAAAAUGACUCAAAGGGCACACCGCAGAAUGUUCAGUGAGGUAAAAAGGAACCCUAGAGUAACAGCUAAAGACUUGAAGGAAUCAUUGGAUAUGGUUAACAUCUCUGUUCACGAGUCUACUAUAUGGAAAAUAUUAAAUGAUGGGGCAGUGGUGGCUCAGCGGUUAAGGCUCUGGGUUACUGAUCAAAAGGUUGGGGGUUCAAGCCCCAGCACUGCCAAGAUACCACUGCUGGGCCCUUGAGCAAGGCCCUUGAUCCUAUCUGCUCCAGGGGUGCUGUAUCAUGGCUGACCCUGCACUCUGACCCCAGCUUAGCUGGGAUAUGUGAAAAAAAAAAUAAUUUCACUGUAUAUGUAUAAUGUGUGAUAAAUUAAAAAAAAAAAAAAAAACAGGUAUUGUGUCCAUGGCAGGAAGCCACUGCUUUCCAACAAAAAUAUUGCUGUGCACCUGAAGUUUGCCAAAGACCACCUUGACACUCCACAAUGCUACUGGUUGUGUUUUGAAAUGUUUUUUAAAAUAUUUUGUGGACUGAUAAAAUUAAGGUUGAAUUGUUUGGGAAGAACAUGCAGCACUAUGUAAGGGUACCAAAAACCAACAUGAAAACAUCAUCCCAACGGUGAAGUACGGUGGAGGGAGCAUCAUGAUUUCAGGGCCUGGACUGCUUGCCAUCAUCCAGGGAAAAAUGAAUUCCCAAGUUUAUCAAGAUAUACUACAGGAUAAUGUCAGACUUGCUGUGUGUCAGCUGAAGCUCAGUAGAAGUUGGGUGAUGCAGCUGGACAAUGACCCUAAACAUCGAAGUAGAUAUAAAAUAAAGUUAAAAUAAAAAACAAUAUACUUGUGACUUUGAUGAAGAUGAGAAAUGAAAGAUUUCAAAGGAUUUGCAUACUUUUCUUGCCCCUGUAUAUCUCCUGACUUGUAUUCCUGCAAUUCUCUGAAAAUUUUCAUAUUUUACAACUGUUCAUAUAUCUCAUUUUAAAUAAAGAGCUGGUGCCUUAUUAGGCUUUUAAAAA